AAACAUAUCUGUUAGUAUAACAUACAAGACUAUAUAAGACUGAAAGGUGAGAAGUCACACACUACAGAGACAGACACACUUGCCAGCAUAGAUGGCAGCCUGCAAACCACUUGGAUCUGGUGAAGAAUGCAGCUUUGUGGAUAAAGAUGAAAUCUGGAAAGUUCAUGUCAAAAUAGAGCUUCAGUCAGCCAAAGCCUGGCCAAAUAAAUGGGGAUUCUUGACCAAGUCCUACAAGGAGAUGCAGGAGGAGAGCAACAAGCUGAAGGACGUUGUCAAAUUGGAGCUUCCUCAACAUCUUAAAACACGACCCCCUACCCCACCUGAGAAAUAUAUCCAAGUGGGACCCUCUCCCCCAGUUCCCCAGACCACUCAGGCUCAGAUUGGCUGGCGCUCGGCAGUGCCCGAGUUGCAGUUGGAGCGCUACGGAAAGGUCCAGUGUGGGAAGAAGAGCUUCCUGAAGGAACUGGGCUGGGCCUUUGAUGCCUGCAGCUGAAAAAAAUAACUCUUCUGCCAUGACACCUACCUCCUAGGCCUUGGCGAUGCCGUGCACAGACUCAAUAUUGAUGACUACUCAAUAUAUGACUUUCCCUUAUCCCCUGCUCUUUGUCUUUGUCCUCCUCGCUUCCUGCUUUUUGUACUCACAUACUCUUAAAUCAUAUGAAAUCAGCAUUUUUUUAAAUAUUGAUAAAUUCUCACUAAUCAAUACAAAAUACUAUUAAUCAACACAAUACUAUUAAUCUGCUCUUAUUUACUUCUGUCUCUCACAUUUAAUUUCAACACAAAUAUUGCAUACUAUAUCCAACAAAAUUACCACAAUGGGUGCUUGGUUAUUUUGAUCCAAUGACAAUCAUUUGAUUAUUUAUAGGAUAUUAUGUUCUCUCCUUUCAUUAUCCUGUAGUCAAUGGUGCUGUAUUCCCACAAAUGUAAUGUAAUUGUUAAGGUCCAACAUUUUCAUUUUGAGGAGGGAAUUUUAAACAAUGUUUGUUCCCAUUUGAUAUACUUGGUAUGAUUUUUUUCAAUGGCUGUAUGAUUGACCAUGUAUCAAUAUCUUAUCUUGCAAUUUAGCCUAUAUUCUGUUCGGGUUCCUUAAGAUUUUUACAACAAAUUAAAGUAGACUUUAGGGGCUAUCGAGUGGCCGGGAGACCCAUGAGGCGGAGCACAAUUGGCCCAGCAUUGUCAGGGUUAGGGGAAGGAUCGGGAUUUCCUUGUCCCGUCGCGCUCUAGCGACUCUGUGUUGCGGGCUAGGUGCCUGCAAGCUGACUUCGAUUGCCAGCUGGACGGUGUUUCCUCCCAACACAUUGGUGCGACUUUCUUCCAGGUUAAGAGAGCAGUGUGUCAAGAAGCAGUGUGGCUUGGCAGGGUGGUGUUUCGGAGGACGCAUGGCUCUUGUUCUGACAGAUCUUCCCAAGUCUUUAGGGGAGUUAUAGUGAUGGGACAAGACUGUAACUACCAAUUGGAUGCAUUCACAAUCUAUUUGUUUAUAUUAAAAAGUAUUUAAAUAGAAAAGCUGGGUAACACUAUUUUACCGUAUAGAAAUGACCAAACAUUUACUAAGAUGUGGAUUCAUUAUAUCAAGCAUCACUAGAAACCAUUUACCAGCUAUGUUGAAUUAUUAACCAAGUACCAGAAAUUAUUUCCUACUACACUGAACAAAAAUAUAAACGCAACACGUAAAAUAUUAGUCCCAUGUUUCAUGAGCUGAAUUAAAAGUUCCCCGAAAUUUUUCAGGUGCACAAUAAGCAUAUUUAUCUCAAAAUGUCAUGCACAAAUUUGUUUACAUCCAUGUUAGUGAGCAUUUGUUCUUUGCUAAGAUAAUCCAUCCACCUGUCAGGUGUGGUAUAUCAAGAAGCUGAUUAAACAGCGUGAUCAUUACACAGGUGCUGGGGAUAAUAAAAGGCCACUCUAAAAUGUGCAGUUUUGUCACACAACACAAUGCCACAGAUGUCUCAAGUUUUGAGUGAGCGUGCAAUUGGCAAGCUGUCUGCCGCAAUGUCCACCAUAGCUGUUGCCAGAAAAUUAAAUGUUAAUUUCUCUAUCAGAAGCCACCUCAAAUGUUGUUUUAGAGAAUUUGGCAGUAUGUCCAACUGGCCUCACAACCACGUAUUUGGCAUCGUGUGGACGAGCGGUUUUCUGAUGUCAAUGUUGUGAACAGAGUGCCCCAUGAUGGCGGUGUGGUUGGGAUGCUCUGGAUCAACAUGUACGACAGUGUGUUCCAGUUCCCGCCAAUAUCCAGCAACUUCGCACAACUAUUGCAGAGGAGUGGGACAACAUUCCACAGGCCACAAUCAACAGCCUGCUCAACUCUAUGCGAAGGAUACGUGUCGCAUAUUUGGGUCACAGAUUUCCCAAUAAUGUGAAAUCCAUACUUGUUGAGCACAUUCAUUCUGGCACAUGUCUUGCCCAUCAGUGCAACACAUAUGGCACUGUCAUACUGAGCUUAAUGCAAGGCUACAGCUGCAAUGACAAUUUUUUUGUUGUUGCAAUUUACUAAUUCUACCUAAGGGCGCAACGCAUUACACACAUUCCAGAUCAACUAUUAUGAAGCGGCCUAGAAUACAAGCCAAACUGCUGUCUAACAGUAGAGGGGGAUAUGCUGAUUUCAUAAUAAUGAAAAUGAAGUUGGAUAAAAAUGUUAUACACUUCUGAAAUGCUACUAGGAAACUGUUACUAUUCUGAGGAUGUUCGAUGAAUUGUGGACAACUGAAAACAUGUUUGUGUUCUGGUUGUCAUUUAACCAUUGGGUACAUUCCAAUAUCCAUACUAGCAGAAAAUACCCAUACAUGCCCAAUACAUUGCUUUAUUCAAGGUGGUAUGAUAGAAUGGAUAUUGGUACAGAGCCACAUGCUAUGAUGGAUUGGCAGUUUGGCACACAGACAAUGCCCUGCUCUUAACCUUAGCCGGGUGACUCUUCCUCUCACACGUUCCCCCCAGUCUGCUAGACUAAAGUGGCAGACAGACACACUAGUGGGCCUGUCCCUGCACUGACAGCCGUGCGUUGAGCACUUUGGGGAACAGGUCAGGUCAGAUGAAGUGAGGAAGACAGAUAUCACUAAGGUUGUGUCGGGUAACAGAGAUGCAUUGGCUGUUCAGUUGUGUAGGAGGAGACUCAGCAUAGGAGAAAAGGUUAAAUAUCCGUGCUUGUGUGAAUAUGUCUGUCUGUUCAGCUGUUCGAUCCUUUGGGAUGAAUAAACUUGGUUUAAGCUUU